AUGGGUCUUCCAGCAUGUGGAUCAGGCCAUGAUGACGUUACAAAGUUCUGUGUCUCUGCGUUUGAGCAAGUACCAGAGCCAACUAUCCUCUGUGACUCAGUGACCUAUGUGAAUGAAACCUGUAACUACAACCUGCACUGCACCGUCAGGGAUGGAGGGGACAACGUAACCUACAGCCGGACUCACACAGCAGGGGGCGCUGUUGUACCCAAUGGGUCCAUUCUGCACAUCUCUCUCAGCCCCCGUGAUGCUCACCUGGCCGUCACCUGCACAGCCCAGAACCCCGCCGGUAACAGUGCCACAACCGCCUCUGCAAAGGGCCUUUGUGCAGGGCACGUCAGAGCAGAGGCCGGCACGAUGGAGCUGAGCCGGAUUCUAGGGGACUCCGUCACUUUCCUCCUGGAGAUCCCAGCAGAGCAAGCUAGAACUGUUUCCUGGACAGUAAACACAACUAGGAGCAUAGUAACUGUAACAACAGGAACCCCCCUCAAUGUCAUUGUGUUAGACGCAUCCUACGAGGGACGCGUGAGUGUCCCCGAGAUCAACUCGCUUCAGAUCACCAGCCUGAGGAUGAAGGACACGGGCACCUACGGAGCUCAAAUCACCACAGCUACAGGCAUCAGCCACAGACCCUUCCUGCUGCAUGUGUACAAGCAAGUACCGGAGCCAACUAUUGUCUGUGACUCAGUGACCUGUGUGAAAGAAACCUGUAACUACAACCUGCACUGCACCGUCAGGGAUGGAGGGGACAAUGUGACCUACAGCUGGACUCACACAGCAGCGGGUGCUGUUGUACCCAAUGGGUCCAUUCUGCACAUCUCUCUCAGCCCCCGUGAUGCUCACCUGAAUGUCACCUGCACAGCCCAGAACCCUGUCAGUAACAGCACCACUACCGCCUCUGCAAAGGGCCUUUGUGCAGCCCCGGCCUCCUCGCUGUCCUACUGCCACCUCAAGGGGAUCGUCCUGCUGCUGGUGCUGGGAGCCCUGAGCGCCGGGAUCAUCGCGGUGCACGUCCUCCCCGGCAGGGAGCAGAGACGAGACUGAGAGCAGAGGAGCUGCCACUGUGACUGCCAAUCCCGCCUGGGCGUUCCCCAGCCCGCCAGCCCGAGGAUGCUCCGGGGGGCCGCUCGCUCGCAGCUUCCAACGGGUGAAUGUCACUGAGUGGAAGGAGGGGAAGUAUUGGGUCCCUCUGUGUGGCAGGAGACGUGGUGGAGAAUCGGCCCUGCUCAAUGGCACCUUCUGGCAGCCACUGGCAGCACGACAGGUGCGCCUGCCUCAGUUUCCUCCCAUCAACCUUCUGAAAAGACCUCCGUAUCUAAACGUACCCCUACCUGGGGUUCAUUUAUUGUCCCAGUGUGUAAACCUUUCCCAGGGACUCCCUACCGUGCUCGCUCCCAUCCCGGGCUCUCUCCCCCUCCAUGGCACCCAGCUCUCUAGGGACAGGAGCUCACUUCCAGCUGCACCUGGUUAAUGCCCAAGGCAGGCUGGCCCCAGCCUCUGGCCAUUGAAGGGGCCAAACACCCUAUCAUGGAGGCACUUUUCUUCCCACUGUGUUCUGGGGCUGAUGACUGCACAGGGCAGGGCGAUGGAGAGCCAGGACCAAGGAGUUUGUCCCGGGAGAAACUUAGCUGCCUUGUGAACCCAGAACUGGCCCUGAAAACAGGGGACUCCAGCCUGGUGUAGACCCAGCUGCUGCGCCAGUGUCACUGCAGGUCAGUGGGGUGAUUUUCUACGGGUACAAUGAAAGCGCUGCCUCCCUUACUGGGGGUGCCUUUGUCUCAGUGGAAAGGGGCAUCUCUGGGUGCAGCCCCUGCACCUCUUUAACUGUCUCGGUUUCUAAACCAAGCCUGUGUGGAGACAAGCCCUUAGGAAUUACACCCGGCCAAUCUAGUCCAGCGUCCCUGCUCCAGCACUGCCCUGCCUCGGCUACUUCAGAGGAAGGAGAAACAUCCCCCUACUGGGAAAUUCUGGAAUAACCUGCCCAUAUGAGAAGAAUUUUUCUCACCCACACAGAGAGAAGUUGGUUUAUACUAUGGUGCCAAACAGCUAAUGUCCCUUCCACAUUCUAUCUCUCCUCCCCAGCAGAACCGUGAAAGUCCUUGUUAUUCAGACAGGUCGAGGGUGUGUUGUGUUUUAAUCCUACACCACUUGACAGAGCAACAGUAUCCAGUGGCAAUGAGUUCCGCGGGAUAACUUUCCAUCAUGUAAAUAAAGUCUCUGCCUCUGAACUCCA